AAUGAAACGCACAUCUUCAUUAUUUUAUAUUAUCUGUGCAAUUUUUUGGAAGAGAUGCUAGGGACUUUUUGGCGGGAACGCGAGGAGUGAAGUUGUGUGAUUUGUUUUAUUUUGUCUAUUUAGUAUUUCUUCGGGUUUAAAUGUGUAAUAAUGGUGGUUUAUUAACCGUUUAAUAUCUGUGAAAGUGCACAAAUGUGGGAAAAUGAAACAAAGCCGCUGGACGUAACUUCUCGGGAUCCUCCAAAAAGUCCACUGAAAAAUCUUAGUAAAUUACCACCAUUUUACUGAGAUUAGAUUUCAUCUCAUAUCAUCUCAUUUAAUUUCAUCCCAGUUGAUUAAUGUCUCAAAUUAAUCAUUUUCAUUUCAUUUCACUCCAUAAUAUCAUUUUUCAUAAAAUUAAGAAUAUAGAUUAAAAUAAGACAUGACUUAAAGGUCUCAGUUACCAGGUCAUAAAAUCUCUUAAAAAAAAAAGAGAGAUGCUUAAGCAUAGACUACAUGAAAGAUUAGAGAUAGGUAGAAGGUUUUACGUAUAGGUUAGGUAGUUGGCCUCGAGAUCGAUCUGAAAUCGAACUAAAAAAAAACUACUUUUCGACUAAAUACUAUUCUACUAGAUUUCAAGCAAUUAAUCGGUCCAACUUAUCAAUCUCCGACAGUAGAAAUCAAAAUCCGCUGUUUUCCGUUUCACUAAGAAAACAGUUAAUUUCCAAUUAAUCUUGGGUGCAUGAAAAUAUUGAAUGUAUUCAUGAAUCCGAUUAUGACUUUUGCUAGUGGAGUGUUGGCUCAUAUCACGUACAACCAUAUAGCCAUACUCAUAUCUGACCUAAGCGACGGGGCAAGGCAAAGCCACCAUUAAUUAUUUCUGAGUUCCUUGUAGUUUGGCAUCCCAUAUGUAACACUUACGACAUAGGUAGGUAGUUCUUAAUUGAUAAUUUGACUUUUUAACAUCCCUAAUUAGUCAGUGCGAUAGUAUCCAUUAUAGUAUCUCUAGUAAUUAGUCUCUGCCUGAGAAGGGUAUAACUUUGCCUUCAAAUUAAAAGUCCUAUUUUCCAAAUUAAAGGAUACCGAGAAGUUCAAAAAGUUUAAAAUGAGUGCUUUAGCAAGGAAACUAGUGAACCAGCUGAAAAGCAAGGAGUUCAGGGACUAUUUAAUGAGCACACACUUCUGGGGCCCUGUUGCCAAUUGGGGUAUACCACUAGCAGCCAUAGCAGAUACAAGGAAGGAUCCAAAUUUUAUAAGUGGAAAAAUGACUUUUGCCCUGUCUCUCUACUCGCUGAUGUUCAUGAGGUUCGCUUGGAAGGUCCAGCCGAGGAACCUGUUGCUCUUCGCCUGUCAUUUUACGAACGAAUGCGCUCAGCUCACCCAAGGAGCCAGGUUUAUAAACUACCACUACAUCCAAGGUCCUAAAGAGGUCCAAGAAAAGAAAAGCCAAUGAUGACGUCACUUUAGUUUAAGAAAACACUCUGGGCUUUAGUUACGAUGUUACCAGUUAAUUAACUAUCAGUGUUGCCAUGAGUGAUAACGAAAUUGUUUUUUUUUUAAGUUGUUUUGAGAAUGACAAAAGUGACAAGGUCAUUUUUUGUUGGUCUUUCUAAUAUUGAAGACUUAGGUGAAAUUAUGUCAACUUUAAAAUUAUAUUGUUUGGAAAACAAUUGAAUUUGUUGGAGGCUUGUAGUUUAUAUAUAACUAUAACAGAGGGCCCCAGUUUUCUUGUAAUACUUCAAAACGAGUUGAAUGAGAUGAUGAUCCAUGGGCGACGGUAACCACUCACCAUCAGGUGGGCCUUAUGCUCGUAUGCCUACAAGGACAAUGAAAAAAACUUUAUUGUCCAGUAAAAUUGACGAAAUUUCACUUAAAACAAAUCUUCCAUAACUCGACAUAAUAUCAUAGUACUAAAAUAAUGUAUUCAAAAUACAUACUUAUUUUAAAGGUUGAUUGUUGACAUGUUACCUUUGUUAUAUCUUAUUAGAUAAAUAUUUUAUUUAUUUGAAUGUUUACAUCUUGAUAAAAUAUAGUAGCAAAAUUUUAUUAUUGUAAAGGAUUAAAAUACUAGGGCAUGUUUCAGGGUUAUUAAAAAUUGUUCGUGAAAUAUAGCGAGUAUUCUGUUGAUAGUAUGGGGUAGAAAUGAUGAUUGAUGUGUUGUAAAUAAAUCAGACAGACUGCCCGGAACGCGAAUGUUGGUAUACUCUUUGAAUCGUAAUCUUGAACGUUGACGUCACUGUACAAUACAGUCCCCUCUGUCCAGUUUGAAAUUAGAAUCGUUAUAUUGUUGUUGUUUCUGAAGCAAUUUUUAUUUUGCCUUCGUUGGUCGUCUUUAUGUCUUUCGUAAGAUGAUAAUAUGGUCGUUUUUAUGUCUGGUGAUCUUUCGUAAGAUAAUAAUAAUAUAAUAUCAGGCGACACCGUAUUGAAUAGUGACGUAAUUAAAUUAAUGUCAAAUGAGGAGUUUAGAGCGCGUUGCAAUGCAAGAGAGAAAUUUAAGAUUCGUUUUAGAUAAAAUAAUUUGACAUUAAAAUUGCAAUAACUGUUCUUCUUUCAAUUUUUCCUUUAUGCGUUUUACUUAAAAUUAAGAACAGACUUCAAAUAUUUACAAUGUGUAUUCCCAUUUAUAAUUUAUGAAGCUUUAAUAAUUUUCACAUGACUAUAUUUUUCUAAAAACAUAUCUGUGUAUACAUGUGUUACUAUCAAAUCGAAAUUAAAGUAAUCGAACAAUAACCCUCGUCAUAAAUACUAAAAUAAACGCAAAUAUGACUUGAAACAAAGACAUUCGAGUAGAAAAUAUUUUUAAAUCAAUUAAAACUGUAGUUAAGGUAACUGUAUCAAGAUACUAUAAAAAAUCGCAUGAACACAGUCAAAAAGCCGAAAACAAAAAAGGUGACAACAUAAUAUUACUAUUAUUAUUUUAAAUUAUUAUAAAUUAUUUUAAAUACAAUAAGAACGGGAUAAUUGCAUUUCAAAAUGAUUUAUUUUUAAAUAAUAACAUUUAGAUAUUUAUUUAUUUUUUGUAAUAAUUUAUUUGACUUUUUUUUUAACUACUAGUUAAAGAAUAUUGUGACAAUUUGUAGCAUAUUUUAUUUUUGACAUUACUAUUUACGCACAGAUUAUACAAACAAAAUGUAAAGAAUAUUUGUUUGAUAUGAAUAUUAUUGUCGAAUAAGAAAGAUUUCCACAAAAACAAUUCAACUAUGAAUCGUGUUUAAUUUAUAAAGACGCUUUCUAGAAAUUACGUGUCCGAUUAAAAACUUUUCGAACUAUAUUGAUUGUAUAUUGUCUCCUGUGUUACGUAAUUACAUUAUACAGGAUGUAAAAAUUCGUUGUCGAUAAAAAGAUGGGUUUGCGAUUCGUAAGAUGAUAACGCAAAUAAUAGUUUGCACAAUGAUCUGAGGUUGCAAGCAAUGGGAAACUGUUGUGAGGCCUGAAAUUAUUGACUCCAAAGUAGCUACCGUUUGGCCGUGCUACAGUCAAAAGAAUGGGUUCCCGGCUAACUAGACUCACAAUUAAUCAUAAUCAUGAUCGUGGGCCAAGCAUAUCUUUGCUUAGUUAACAAUAUCUAAUUAUGAUUACGUAUUAUAAAACUGAAUACGUCUUCUAAAGAUUUUGAGGUGCUUGCGAAAGUAUUAUGAAAACUAUACAAUUUUUAUGUUAUAUUGUUAACUAAGGGACGAAAUGUGUAUUAUUCGUUUGGCGAUACUAACUUUAGAUGCGAGUGUUUUAGUAUACGGAUGGGACGCUACCGAUUUUUUUAUUAACAAAACGCGACGAUUUUUCGUCGAGCAAAAACUAGACUUCGAAGCAGCAAGCAUUGUAAUCGGUUCGCGAAUACAGGAACAGAUAUACGCUAUAUCGUAGGAAACGACAGUGGUUGUGUUGGGUUCACUUGCAAACGAGCAACAAAAUGAAAUGAAAUUGUCGACCGGUCGUUGCAGCGAGAGCGAUGAAGCUUUUUUUUCAUGACGUCUUGGACUUUGCACUUUAAGUAAUUCAUUGGAAUUGUUUUGUUGCGUCAAACCUGUCUUUCUGGUAAGGUAAUCUGAAACAAAAAAAAAAGUUGCUAGAAUAAAAAAAAAACAAAUGAUUGUUUAAUCUGUGCUUUUGGCCCGACGAGGGCUUCGCCAAUCGAUCAAAAAAUAUAGUGUUUUCUUAAACUAGAUUUUAUUGAAUAAUUGUAAGGGAAUUGUUAGACAUGUGAAUGUUUUAUGAAUACGAAAAUGGAUAUAUUUUAUAGAAGAAUAUUUAUUGAAUUAUAUGUUAUACUAUGCUGUUGAUCUGUUACGAAUUGUUUCGUAGUUGUAGAUAAUAAAUGAAUGGUGAUAUUUUA